AUGACUGUUUGUAUGGGGAGUUUUAUUGAUAAACAUAAGGAAAAUUUAAAUGAGAAGCAAAAAAAAAAAAAAAAACAUGAUUUUACAAUUGGAGAAGAAUAUAAAGAGAUUACACCAUUAGGACAAAAAAAACUUCUUCAAGAUUUAGAAUUACCAGCAUUAAAAAAUUACAAUCCUAUUGCUGUAGAAUCAGCUUGGUAUGAAUGGUGGAUGCAGGAGGGGUUUCAUUUACCAGAAUUUGGGCCAGAUGGAAAUUGUAAACCUGAAGGGGUUUUUGUUAUACCUAUUCCGCCUCCAAAUAUUACAGGUAUUCUUCAUAUUGGACAUGCACUUACAGUUUCUAUUCAAGAUUCUCUUAUUAGAUGGCAACGUAUGAAGAAUAAAACAGUCCUUUUUUUACCUGGAUUUGAUCAUGCAGGAUUAAGUACACAAAGUGUUGUAGAAAAAAAGUUAUGGGCUCAAGAAAAAAAGACAAGACAUGAUUUUUCUAGAGAGGAUUUUGUAAAUCUUGUUGUUAAGUGGAAAGAAGAUUAUUCUUCCAAAAUAAAAAAUCAAUUAAUGCGUUUAGGGGGGUCUUAUGAUUGGUCUCGUGAAGCUUAUACGAUUGAUGAGAAUUUGUCAAAUGCCGUUCUUGAACACUUUGUACGAUUACAUGAAGAUGGAAUUAUUUAUAGGGCUAACAAGAUUGUUAAUUGGUGUACCUUUUUAAAUACCACACUGUCAAAUUUAGAGGUUGAUCAAAUUGAACUUUCUGGUUCUACAUUAUUGGAUGUUCCUGGUUAUGAUAAACCAAUAGAAUUUGGAACAUUGACUUAUUUUGCAUAUGAAAUAUAUGGAUCAAGUGAAAGAAUUGUUGUAGCAACUACACGUCCUGAAACAAUAUUGGGUGAUACGGCCAUUGCAGUUCAUCCGGAUGAUCAACGUUAUAAACGGUUUCAUGGAAAAAUGGCUAAACAUCCUUUUAUUGACCGUUUAUUACCUAUAAUUGUAGAUAGUAUUUCUGUUGAUAUGACGUUUGGAACAGGUGCUGUAAAAAUCACUCCUGCUCAUGAUAUAAAUGAUUAUGAAAUUGGGAAAAGGCAUAAUUUGAAUUUUAUUAAUAUAUUAAAUCCUGACGGGACAAUGAAUGAAAAUGCUGGUUGUUGGAAGGGGAUGAAAAGAUAUGAUGUUCGUGUAUCAAUUGUGGAAAAACUUAAAGAAAAAGGACUAUUUGUUGAUACUAAAGAUAAUCCUAUGAUUGUUCCUAUUUGUAGUAAAUCAAAAGAUGUUAUAGAACCAGUAAUAAAACCUCAAUGGUGGGUAGAUCAAAAAGCAAUGUCAAUAGAUGCAUUGAAUGCUGUUAAAAAUGGGGAAAUAAAAAUUAAUCCUAAAACAUCAGAACGUGAUUUUUAUCGUUGGAUGGAAAAUGUUCAAGAUUGGUGUAUUUCACGUCAACUCUGGUGGGGUCAUAGAAUUCCUGCUUAUUUUGUUAGAAUUGAGGGAAGAGAUCAAGACUCUUCUGAUAAUAAAUGGUGGGUUUCUGGGCAAAAUAAAGAAAUUGCUCAAAAAAAAGCUGAAAAAUUAUUUCCUGGAGAAAACUUUAUUCUUGAACAAGACGAGGAUGUUCUUGAUACAUGGUUUUCUUCUUGUUUGUGGCCAUUUUCUACUUUAGGAUGGCCAAAGGAAACAGAAGAUUUAAAAAAUUUUUACCCAAUGUCUCUUUUAGAAACCGGCUGGGAUAUUUUGUUUUUUUGGGUUGCUCGUAUGAUAAUGGUAGGAAUAAAAUUGACUGGUAAAGUUCCAUUUAAAGAAGUAUUUUGUCAUUCUCUUGUACGGGAUUCUCAAGGGAGGAAAAUGUCAAAAAGCUUAGGAAAUAUAGUGGAUCCAAUAGAUGUUAUUGAGGGUAUUUCUCUUGAAGAUAUGAAUAAAAAAUUAGCUACCGGUAAUCUUGAUAAAAAAGAAUUAGAAAUUGCAAAGAAAAACCAAAAAAAGAACUUUCCAAAUGGUAUUCCUCAAUGUGGGACAGAUGCGUUAAGGUUUACUCUUUGUGCAUAUACUACUGGAGGGCAUGACAUAAAUCUUGAUAUUUUACGUGUGGAAGGAUACAGAAAAUUUUGCAAUAAAAUUUAUAAUGCUACAAAAUAUGCUUUAUUGAAACUAGGUGAUAAUUUUGUUCCACGUAUUAAAGAAGAUAAAUCUGGACAUGAAUCACUUGUAGAGCGGUGGAUUUUACAUAAAUAUACAAAAACUGCUCAAUCUUUGAAUAUAGCUUUAGAAGAAAGAAAUUUUUAUAAUGCUACUAAUGUUAUAUACAAUUUUUGGUUGUAUGAGUUUUGUGAUAUUUAUAUUGAAAAUUCAAAAAUUAUUAUUGAUAAAGGGGAUAUAGAAGAAAAAAAAUCAGCAAUGAAUACACUUUAUACCUGUUUAGAUGGCGCUCUUCGAAUGAUACAUCCUUUUAUGCCCUUUAUUACAGAAGAAUUAUGGCAAAGGCUUCCUCGAAGGCCUAAUGAUGUAACUGUCUCCAUAGUCAAAUCAGCAUUCCCUUCAUAUAAUCCAGAAUUUGAUGAUAUUGAUGCAGAUAUAAGUUAUAGUCUUAUUUUUUCUAUUAUACAAACAAGUCGUUCAUUAAUGGCUGAAUAUAAUAUUAGAAUAAAUUCUCAGCUAUAUUUUCAAGUAAAUGAUCAUGUAAUUAAUAUUUUGGAGUCCCAAAAAAAUGCUAUUUUAUCAUUAAUUAAAGGCAGUGGAUCUAUCAUUAUUUUAAAAAAUAAUGAGCUCCCUCCAGAGGGUUGUGUCACAAUAGUAAUAAAUGCUGAUUGUACUGUUUUUCUUCUAGUAAAGGGCUAUGUUGAUUUUGAUAUUGAAAUAGAAAAGGCGAGAAAAAAGAUUGCAAAACUUGAGUUAUCUAUUUCUCAAAUAAAAAAACAAAUGAAAGUUGAAGAUUAUCAUACAAAAGUUCCUGAAAGUGUCAAAUCGGCAAAUAAAGAUAAAUGUAGUAUUCUUGAAUCAGAGAUCAAAGCACUUGAAAAAAUUAUUUUAGAUUUUGAAAACCUUAAAAUAUAA